AUGAAUUCGAACGUAACUUCGAUUAAGUUAGUCCUCCUGGGCGAGGCUGCCGUGGGUAAAUCGUCUAUAGUCCUGAGGUUUGUCUCCAAUGACUUCUCCGAGAAUAAGGAGCCUACAAUAGGCGCUGCCUUCUUAACCCAGCGGGUAAACAUGGACAGUAAAACGAUCAAGUUUGAAAUAUGGGAUACUGCAGGUCAGGAGCGGUUUGCAUCGCUGGCACCCAUGUAUUAUAGGAAUGCUCAGGCGGCACUGGUGGUGUACGACAUCACCAAACCGCAGUCGUUCAUCAAGGCUCGCCACUGGGUCAAAGAGCUGCACGAACAAGCAAGCAAGGGCAUCGUCAUCGCUUUGGUCGGCAACAAGCUGGAUCUUCUCGAGAAUGGCGAGGCGCGCAAGGUUUCUCGCGAAGAGGCCGAGAAGCUGGCGGAAGAGGAGGGCCUACUGUUUUUCGAGACCAGCGCCAAGACCGGCGACAAGAUCAAUGAGGUGUUCCUAGCAAUUGGCGAAAAGAUACCCCUUGCCAAGGUUGGCGAGCAGCCCGCCAGCGGACCCAGUGUAGACAAUGCCCGCCUGGAUCUGAACGCCGUUUCAUCAAACCAACACGCAAAUAGCUGUAACUGCUAG